AUGAACUCGACCCCUGUACCAACCCAAUACGGUCUCAUCUGGGAGCCGGAAGUCUUCGGAAAUCUCUCGCCCCGUUGGUCCGCCGAGCCCUCCAUCUCCCAAAUCAAAGCCCUCUGCCGCCAGCACCUUCACCUCGACCCAGAAGAGCCCUGCACGGCCACGCUCCACGAACGCGGAGGUACCAGCAUUGUCUACACCAUCGAAGCGCUGGCUAGGUCUCCCGGCAGGUGGAUAAUCAAGGUCUGCCUGCCCGUCGACCCGGGCCGGAAGACGAGGAGUGAAGUCGCUACGAUGCAAUUCGUCAAGGAGAGGACUAAGAUCCCUGUGCCUGGAGUGCUGGCGUGUGAUGUGAGCAAUCAGAAUUCGUUGGGCUUCGAAUGGAAUUUGAUGGACUUUAUGCCGGGGACGGAGUUGACGAAUGUUUGGCUGGGAUUGGAGUUUCAGCAGAAAGCAGAAGUGGUGAGGCAGUUGGCGAGGUAUCAAGCUGAGCUCCUGCUCCUUCCCUUCGACUCUCAUAUGAUCGGGAGUCUCUAUCCUUUCUCACAGAGCGACAACUCUUCCGGCCCUGGUACCUCUCCGUACAUCGGUCCCGUCGCCUCUCAUCGAUUUUCGUGGGGCCCAACCCUCUCUGGUCAGCAAGAUAGUAAUGCCCGUCGAGGACCAUUCAAGAACAGCCACAAUUGGCUCGCUGCCCGUCUGCAGCUCAUCAUCGACCAUCCCCUCGAACCGCGGUCGAAGGGUACACCCCCCGCCGACGCCGCGUCGCAAGCGCCGAGCCUCGCCCAUCGUCUGCUCGCUCUUCUGCCCUCCUUGUUCGAUCCAGAGAAAUGCGGAGAAGAGAUAGUCCUCCACCAUGCCGAUCUCCACGAGGGAAACAUUCUCAUCUCUACAUCAGAACGAAAGUCAACCUCCGCCACUGAACCCACCAUCGACAGCGAUCCAGUCAUCACAGCCCUCAUCGACUGGGAACACCAGAUCCUCUCUCCCUUCUGGCACGCCAUCUCACCACCCUGCCUUUUCGACGGCAAAGUCCGCCUCUCUCCACCUCUCGCUUCAGACUACCCUCCCGAGCCUAGCUCAGGUGAUGGCUCUGACAAUCCUGAUAACUUGGGCAAACCAUAUGCAUUCUGGCAGCACACGCAAGAAUACGAGCACGGCUUACUCCGCUCCAUCUGGGAGGAGGGAAUGAAGAGUCAUCUUGGGGAGGAAGUGUGGAAGAGAGUGUGGACGAGCGAGGAGGCGAGACGGAAGAGUGACUUUGAGCUUGCGAUUUGGGUGGCUGAUGGGCCGGCGGAGGGGAGAAGAGUAGCGAUUGUGGAGGAGUGGAUUGGGCGGUGGGAGAGGAGUGGGUGGACAGAUGGGAAGGGGUUGUGGGAGGAGUUGUAUGUGGUCUCGUGAGGGUUGUGACCUGGGAGAAGACUGUCGAGUCAAUUGACCCCUCACGCAUCUUCAUUCUUCAAGCCUUGCGCCAGUGAGCCCGACGACAAGGCAGUGAGAACUCCCAUAUUUGGAAGCACUCUAUGAGUCCGCAAAUAUGAUUCAGCGAGGUAGCGAAGGUUCAGGAAACUUGCAUGAGUCCUUGCGGAGCAAACAGCAAUUAGACAGGCUGGUUUCUCCAGCGCCAGCUUCGGAAGAAACUCUACGACACUGUUCCUCAUCUUGUGGAGGAUGUUCGAGGAAAGUAUAUCCACUCAUACCUGACGUUAUACCUUCGACUCUGCUGAUUUCUUCUGCCGAAGCGUGGCUCUUCUAGGAACGCACAAUAACCUAUAGGCCCUAACGACGACAUCGAAGCUUGG